AUGUAUACGUUUAACUCGGUGAAGGCGGAGCCCUUUGGGAAGGCGCCAGUUGGUUACAUCCCCGGGAAGGGAAGAGGAGUAACGGGAUUCUCUGGAGGUGUCAGUAGAGAUGAUACAACAGACGAAAAGGACAAAAACGACUACUCCGACUUCAAUUAUGAUGAAUUCCACGGCUACUCAGAAUCGCUAUUUAAAGAUGCAGAAUACGAUGAAGAUGAUAAAGAAGCCGAUGCGAUUUAUGAAAACAUAGAUGCACGGAUGGAUGUGAGGAGAAAAAGUAGAAGAGAAAUAAAGCUCAAGGAAGAGAUCCAAAAAAUGAGAGCACAGAAGCCGACCAUACAAGAACAAUUUAGUGAUUUGAAAAAAGGAUUAGCAACGGUAACUGCGGAGGAAUGGGAAUCCAUCCCAACUGUUAUGAAUUACUCAAGACAGAAACAGAAGAAGGUCCCAAAGAGUUACCUACCCACUCCGGAUAGUCUUAUCAUGAGCAGAUUGAACGAUUCCAAUAUGCACCUGAAUUAUGCCGGUUCGGCUUCCAAUGGGUUGAAGACUCCUCUAGGGUUAAGAACGCCCCUCAUCGGAAUGAGAGCCCCCUUUGGGACGCAAACUCCGCUCGGAGCGCAAACUCCACUCGGAGCGCAGACCCCACUGGGAAGGCAGACCCCGCUGGGCAUACAAACCCCGUUAGGGUUACGAACCCCCUUGGGUGCGAGUGCACCCAUAGGGUUAGGGAUACAAACUCCCUUCAUGAGAGGAGGAGGAGGAGGGGGAUUCGGUCUGGAGACGCCAUUUCUGACUAGGCAUUUAUUAACAGCAAAAGGACGAAAUACCUCCUCCUCAGCGUAUAGCGGAUUGAACACCCCUUUUACCCUCUCCGGUUAUAAUACCCCUUUGAGUGCGUCCAGCGCUGGGGGAUAUAAUACGCCCCUGAUGAACGGAGUAAACAGACUUUCGCUAAAUGAUGUUGGAGAGGCGAGAGGGACCGUGUUGUCUGUAAAGUUGGAUGAGCUGAUUGACAGUGUAGAAGGGCAGACUGUUAUCGAUCCGAAGGGGUACCUAACUAAUUUAAAUGCUAAAAGUUUAGUGAACGAUACAGAUAUAGCGGAUAUUAACAAAGCGAGAUCAUUACUCAAAUCAGUGAUCAGUACGAAUCCGAAGCAUGGACCCGGAUGGAUUGCAGCUGCUAGGGUGGAAGAAUUAGCACAAAGGAAAGACAAAGCGAAAGAAAUCAUCAUGAAGGGGUGCAUCGAAUGCUCGAAAAAUGAAGAUAUCUGGUUGGAGGCAGUACGGCUUGAAGACAAACUAAGUGAAGUUAAAAUCAUCUUAACCAAAGCGAUUAAGGAAAUACCCACAUCGGUUAAGCUCUGGUUGGAAGCCUACAGGAAGGAAAAUAACCUUGACGAUAAGAGGAAGGUUCUGAGGAAAGCCAUAGAGUGUAUUCCCAAUUCAGUUCGUCUUUGGAAAGAGGCCAUAUCUUUGGAGAGUGAAAACAAUGCCUACAUAUUGCUAAAGAGAGCCGUGGAGUGCAUCCCACACUGCAUCGAGAUGUGGAUUGCCCUGGCUAGGCUAUGUCCCUAUAGUGAAGCACAGAAGGUUCUAAACGAAGCGAGAAAAAAAAUCCCAACCAGCGCAGAAAUAUGGAUCAAUGCAUCUAAGUUAGAAGAGAAACAAGGCAAUCACAAUAUGGUAGAUAUUAUUAUUAAAAGGUGUAUUGAAAACUUGUCCUCUAAAAAUGUCGUUUUCGAGCGAGAAAAAUGGUUAAAAUUCGCAGAGGAGAGUGAGAAGUCUGACUUCCCCUUAACAUGUGAGAGUAUCAUCCGGAAUACAAUGAAAAUAGGAGUAGAAAGCCUCAAUAAGAAGCGAAUAUACAAACAGGACGCGGAAAAUUGUAUUAAAAACAAAUCCAUUCACACCGCUAGAGCGAUUUAUAAUGAAGCACUGAAGAUUUUUAAAACGAAGAAAUCCCUCUGGUUAGCUUUGGCCAACCUUGAACUAGCGCAUGGGAAGAAAGAAAAUGUGGAGCAGGUCCUACAGAGGGCUGUGAAGAACUGCCCACAUUCCAGUGUCCUCUGGUUAAUGUACGCAAAGCAGAAGUGGCUAAACAACGAGAUUGACAAAGCGAGGGAAAUACUUGCUGAGUCAUUUAUGCACAAUCAGAACACGGAAGUGAUAUCCUUAGCAGCCAUAAAACUGGAAAGAGAAAACAAUGAAUUCGAUAGGGCACGAUUUUUACUAAAAAAAUCCAGAGUUCAGUGUAACACUCCAAAAAUAUGGAUGCAGUCUGUCCAGCUGGAAAGACUACUCAGAAAUUAUAAGGACGCCAAGGAGCUGGCACAUGAAGCGCUACAAACUCACAAAAAAUUCGACAAGCUGUAUAUGAUUGCGGGGCAAAUAGAGCUAGAAAUGAUGCGCCCUAAGAUGGACUUCCUUGCAGGAUCAGCAGCAGGAGGAGCAGAAGCGGGGACUCUCGCAGGACAGAUCCACCAAGACGGAGUUAACACUGCGAGUUGUGCCCCCCACAUUCUUAGCAGCAACCACAGUGGGAGCGACGUGGAAGAGAAGGAGGAGCAGCAAGGGGAGCAGAAACAGUCGCAGGAGGAGCAGCCCCAUACUGCUAAUCCCUGUAACCCGAGUGAUCACUACGCCAAUGCACAGAAAAUAUACGACGAGGGGCUGAAGCACUGCCCCUCCUCCAUCAACCUCUGGCUAUGUGCCAUAGACCUCCAAAUCGAAAAAAAAAAUUACACCUCAGCUAGGGCGCUAGUGGAAAAGGCAAAAAUAAAAAUCAAAAGCAUCCACGCGGCAAACAGUAACAACCACGUUUUGAAAAACAAAGAAAUCAUUGAGAGCAACGAAUUUGCGUUUGAAGAAGAAUUGAACCGAAAUGGCGAUGAUGUCACCAAAAGUGGAACCAACGUGAAUAACUUAUCCAAUGCAGAGAAUGACAUUAGUAAAAAUGCCACCAUCAAUGCAUCCAUCAGGGUCAUCGAAAAUUAUGACUUACUCUGGAUUAAACUAAUAGAGAUCGAGUCUCACUGCAAUAGUAAUAAUGUCACUCCUGUCAUUUCGGAGGCACUGAAAGAAUGCCCCUCCUCCGGCAUCCUCUGGUCCAAGGCAAUCGAAUUUGAAAAUAAGAAUCUCCAGAAUAGCAAAUCCGUGACUGCCUUUAACAACUGUGGGAAUAACGCCUACGUCAUUUUAACCGUGGCGAAGCUGUUUUGGCAGCACUUCAAGAUGCAGAAGGCGAGGAAAUGGUUUUACCGCGUGAUCAGCCUCAACCCGCACUUCGGCGACGGCUGGGCGACGUUCCUCGCUUUCGAAAUUGAUCAGCAGAACGAGGUCAACCAGAAGGACAUAAUCAACAAGUGCAUCAAGGCGGAGCCCAACCGAGGCUACAUGUGGAACAAAAUCACUAAGCGAGUCGAGAACUGGAGGCUCAAAUAUCCGCAGAAGCUCUACAAGUACAUCAAGGAGCUCUUCCCGGAAGUCUUAAAGAAAAAAAUCUCGGAGCAAAUAUGGAAAAUUAUGAGCGACGAGAACGUGGGCCUCCCAGUUUCCCCGCCCAACCCCGCCGUAGAAGCGGUAGAAACGUUAGAAACCGUAGAAGUGACGACUGAAGCCAAAGUUGGCGACACAAACCAGACGAACCACACGACGGACGACAAAGCGGACGACAAAACGGACUCCGGCAAAAAAGGAAAAGCCAAGAGCGCACUAAAAAAAACAAGUAAACGUAAAGGCACGAAUGAAGAAGGCGAAGAACCUGAAAAGGCGGACCGACGGAAGCGAAAAAAAUGA